AUGGCGGAGGCCGGCAAUGACGACGGCCGCUGCGUGCGGUUGAGUGCCGAGCGGGCCCGUGCGCUGCUGGCCGACGUGGACACGCUCCUGUUCGACUGUGACGGCGUGCUGUGGCGCGGCGAGGCGGCGGUGCCCGGUGCGCCCGAGGCCCUGUCUGCGUUACGAGCCCGUGGCAAGCGACUCGGCUUCAUCACCAACAACAGCAGCAAAACUCGCGCCGCCUACGCCGACAAGCUGCGGCGCCUAGGUUUCGGAGGCCCGGCAGGGUCCGGCGCGGGUCUCGAGGUUUUUGGCACGGCCUACUGUACCGCGCUUUACCUGCGCCAGCGCCUGGUCGGCGCACCAACGCCCAAGGCCUUCGUGCUCGGCAGCCCGGCGCUUGCGGCUGAGUUGGAGGCUGUGGGUAUCGCCAGCGUGGGUGUGGGACCCGAGCCGCUGCAGGGCGACGGUCCUGGCGACUGGUUGACCUCGCCUCUGGAGCCGGACGUACGUGCCGUGGUGGUGGGCUUCGACCCCCACUUUAGCUAUGCGAAGCUCACCCGGGCCUUGCGCCACCUGCAGCAGCCCGGCUGUCUGCUGGUGGGCACCAAUUUGGACAACCGGCUGCCCUUGGAGAAUGGCCGCUUCAUCGCGGGUACCGGCUGCCUGGUCCGCGCCGUAGAGAUGGCCGCCCAGCGCCAGGCAGACAUCAUAGGGAAACCCAGCCGCUUUAUCUUCGACUGUGUGUCUCAAGAAUACGGCAUCAACCCAGAGCGCACCGUCAUGGUGGGGGACCGGCUGGACACAGACAUCCUCCUGGGCGUCACCUGCGGCCUGAAGACUAUCCUGACCCUCACUGGCGUCUCCACGCUAGAUGAUGUGAAAAGGAACCAGGAAAGUGACUGCGUGUUGACGAAGCAAAUGGUUCCCGACUUCUAUGUUAACAGCAUAGCUGAUCUUUUACCUGCCCUUCAAGGUUAA